AUGAGUAAGAAUGUUGGAAGACUAGUGAAAAUAUGGAAUGAGUCUGAAGUUUUAAUCGAUAGGAAAUCGAAAUUUCAAGCUAGGUGUUGUACAUUACAGGAUCAGAAAGAUAUACCUUUCAUCCUACAAGACUUGGUUCAAAACAAUAAGGCCGUUUCAAAGGCAUCCCACAUGCACAUGUAUGCCUGGAGAACAGCAGAAAUAGCAAAUGAGUUGAACUUUCAGCAAGACCAGAAAAAGAAGAGCAGCAAGAACAACAAGAAAAGUAGCAACCAUGCUAAUAAGUCAAAAAUGGUAAUAGUACAGCCAAAAAAUAUUGAACAAGGAUCUGCUGACUGUGGUGAAGCCGGUGCUGGACAACGUUUGUUGACUUUACUUGAGAGAGCAAAUAUAUUUAACGUUCUAGUAAUAGUGACGCGAUGGUAUGGUGGCACACCUCUGGGUUCAUCUAGAUUCAGACAUAUUUCCACUUGCGCAGUGGAAACUUUGAAGAAGGGAGGAUAUCUUCAUUGA